GAGUGUAGCAUGGGACAAAGUUCCCACUGGGCUUGCUAAUAUUUAACGGGACAGUUUUGGGUGAUAUGGAAGGAGGAAGGAGCUGCAUCCGUUUGCUGCUAAUCCACAGAAUCACAGCGGAUUUCUUAAACAUGGACAUGGUUCCUUUGCUGGUCCUGCUACUCUCAUGCAGAACUCAAGCUCUCAGAGCUCAGCUGAAACUGUCUCCUGACAAACUGACGGUUGUGCGAGGAGACGAGGCCAGAUUCUCCUGCAGCACCUCCAGCUCCGCAUGGACCGUGAUGGUGUGGAUGCUGAAUGGGAGACCAGUGCAAACCAUCUCCAAAGAGACCGGCGUCCUGCCCUCCAUAAACCCAAACAUCACUGCAGAGAGAUGUCCAAACUCUAAGGAAGACUGCUGGGUCAUUGUCCUGAAGUCCACAGAGAGAAGCAACCAAGGAGAAGUUACGUGUGACCUCCAGCUCAUUGAGAAACGAACGGCAAAGCUGUUUGUACAAGAGAAGGGAAGCGUGAGAGUCGUUGGAGACGACAGAUUGGCUUUUAAAGGGAAGUCGGUUCUGUUUCAGUGCCAAGCAGAAGGAUGGUACCCUCAGCCUGUGCUGCAGUGGCAGGUGCACGGGAAAAAGGUGAGUCCUGGUGACUAUAACAGCAGCAUACAGGAGACGGACAAGAGCCUCUUCAUGGUGUCCAGCAACGUGAGCGUUAUGGCUGAGAGGACGUCCCCUGUGGACUGCCUGGCCUCUGUGUCUGCCCUCAGCACACCUCUGAAGAGCCGCGUCACUCUGAUCGUUGUUGUAGAGGUGUCACAGGUUGAAAGUGGUUGCUCGGCGCUGUUGGGAGCGACCACCGCUCUCUCCGCUCUUCUGCUGCUCAUGCUGCUCUCCAUCUGCACUGUCCUCUGUUACAGGCGAAGGAGAAACCCAGAGAAAGACCCACAGGAGGUAAUAAGGUUCGAUCAGUCACUGUUUGGGAGGGGCUCGGUUGCUGAGGCAACAGGUGGGAGCCUCAACAUGGGGUACUCCGGUGAAGGCCCAACAGACGUGGAUAGCAUCGAAGGUAUCACCGAAGUUAGAGACCAAGUCAGAUUUGACACAUUUCGCAAGGUUCCUGAUGUGGUGCACUCCAGCAGCGAGAGCCAAGCCAACGAGCCUCAACAGGAACCAACCUUCAGUAAUGUCAGGAGACUUACUACUGUUUAAAUAUUAACCUCUAAUAUCAUUUGAAUGUAAUGUUUUUUAUUUUAACUCCUAUGAUAUAUUCUUGAGCAUAAAACUGUCUUUUGUAUGUUGAUGUUUACUUUUUACUUUUACUUGAAAUUUUCUUGCAGCCCAAAGUGAUUCAUCAUCAUUCAUUUUAAAUUAUCUGUGACUGGGGGAGGUUUUUGUGCAUGUCGACUCAGCAGAUAUUUAAUAACUGAGGUUGUUGAACAGGAAAAUAAUUAUGGGUAUGUAAUGCAAACUGUCAGAGAACCUUGCUACUUUAUAUUCAUUAUGUUUUGAAUCAUCAACAAACAAACAAACAAACACGAUCUCUCAGAAAGAAAUGUCUUCAGUGCUUCAGGGUGUAAAACAGGAUUCACUGCUAGCCCGGACAGUAGAUAUUAGCAUCUCCUCCAGUAGAUCUAAAGCUGCAAUGGCAAAAUUGCAAAACUAAUUAGCUUAAAACAGUUUUUCAUGUCUCUUAACAAUGUUUUAACAUAGUAAAGCUGUAAAUUAUUCUGGAGAUUAAAAAAAGAAAAGAAAAUAAUGAAUAAAGUGGUUAUCUCGCAAUUGUCUAAAAACCUCCGACUAUAACACAUUUUGGACCAAACAAAAGUAUCAAAAGUAACGAUUGGACCAUCUGGUUGCCAGUCACAGAACCGCCGCACUCCCCUGGGUCCUUCAUUCAUUACACACUCAAGUAUUUAGCAACAGAACACCACUAGUGUGAGAGGUUCUCCACAGCUGCAAACAGCUGGCUGCUAACACUUCAUCUUUAGGACAAAAUAUUCCAACAAAAGAGUGACUGGUGUUUAGCACUAUCUCGUUUCCUCUGGCAAUGUGGGUGUCCGGUUCCGGCAGAUGCGUCGGGAAAGAUACCCAAGGGGAGGGGUGAAUGUUCCGUGAUCAAGUUUGCAUUCAAAACCCAGCUUGUUCCGCAGAUUUGCCAAAGCAGCUUUAAAAUGACGAUAAGUGGCUCGCUUCUCCCCCUACUGGUUGAAAAAGGAGUUACAGCCCUGCCGCAGGCUUUGCAGGUGUCAUCAGACAUGGUGUUGUACUUUGCAUAUUUUCAUGCAGGGGCGGAUUUAGCAAUUUGGGGGCCCAAGGCGAACACAGACAUGGGGCCCCUUACACUAAAUUUUCAACAAUCUUACCUUUAACUGGAUUUGCGAAACUCUCCCCUCUUCUGACAUGAGUUAUUUUCCCUUUUUAUUAGUCCUCCUCUUUUUUUCCUGUAUUUCCCUCCCUUUGAGUGCUUUCAAUAUUUGCUCUGCUUUCUUUUUUCUGUCAGCGCUCCUGUGCUUUAGCCUUAGUUAUUUUUUUUUCUAUUUUCCAUUUUGGUCUGUUUUCCUCCCUUUAAACAUUUUCCAUUGUCUUUCCUUUCUGCUUCCUUUUGAUGUUUACAUCGAAAAACAACGUCACUUUCAGAAGUGAAGAUAAAAGCUUUUAGGAAGCAUGCUGCUUCUUUCUCUUAUUGGAGCCACUAGGAUAACUUCAUUUCAUGCUUAAUGUUUUGACUAUCGCUUUGAGUUUGUUACGAAUGCUCCCGCCUCUCUUCUUCUUAUUAUUUGUGGUCUUAUGGGACUUGGCAAAAACAAUUUGGUGCAUUACUGCCACCAACUGGAUUGGAGUGGAAUGACUACCAAUCACUUCCUGUUUGUGCAUCGCAGUCUUAAUAACCCUUUUAUGACCAUAAUUAUAACAGGGCCGCCUGGUAUUUUCUUUUAAUCUUAUGGCUGUAAAAUUGUAAUAAAAAGUGCAAAGUGUG